UAAUUGUUUUGUUUGGAUUUUCUCAUUUACAAGAAAUGUCACUCGACCGGGUGACCGAGUAAUUGGAUAUUUAGUGAUGAUUUGAGCAAUAUAUUAGUAAAAUAGUUUCUGGGACAGGCGGCCAUGAGCUCCUUUAUCGUCAUACGUCCGAAGCGCAAGGAGGACGACUUGAAGUGCGAGGAGCUGAUGAGGAAUUACGUGAUGUCCUUUGCUUGGAAAACAUUCCUCUCUUGUAUUUUUAAGGAAAUCACGAUUGAAGCAAUUAUCAUAUCAUGGGCCGUCUUAUUCAUAUUUUUCGGGGUCCCGAUCGCCUACUGCACUCUUAGCAUUCCAGCUUGCCUUUUAGUUGUUUUAAUGAUUGUUUACGCUCUGUGCCUCAUGAAGGCGUCUGAAUGUUGCAAGAUCAGAUGUAAGGAAAUUUGGGUGGCUGAAGCCUACGAGCCUUUACUUGACUUCAACUCAUCCAAAGACAGAACUUACCUAAUAUUUUACGACCAUUCUCCAUACGACGCUGUCUAUGAGAACAAAUUUCGGAAAACGAUAGCCGGCGUAAUCGGCCUAGACACGCACAAUGCACUCUACAAAUCCGGCUUUAUAACCGGAUUGGCCGUAGCUCCUAACUACAAAUUCAAUGUCGUUGCCGAGGCACUAAUAACGCAGGCAAUGAAAACCAGCUGCGAAUACAAAUACAUUAACCUCGAGUCGGUAACAAACGUUUGGCAGGAAACCGAAAGAGAUACCUAUUACAAACUAGGAUUCGCAACACGGCAAAUUUAUCACAAACCCAUACAUGGAACCAGCAUGAAUGUUCAAAAAUGCCAACUGGGACUCAACGUGGCUGAAUGGAAGAGUAGUCAAGCGAAUGCGAUUGGCAAUGGUUGGCAAUAAGAAGUUUCACAGGAAUCUGCAAAUGUUUGUCUAGUAACGCAGCUAGAGAGUAUGUUUUCGGUGAUUUCAGUUGGCCUAAAUAGGAUUAAAGUCGAAUCUUCCAAAAUCGAAGUUAGUGAUUAGCUUUUAAUACUUUUAGUAGUAUUUGAUAUGACGAAGAAGCAACCUUGAAUUGAAAAGAGAUUUUACGUUUCGAAAGUAGUUUUUACACAAAUAAAACAGGUUUACCACGUUUA